AUCAUUAUCACUAUUAUUAUCAAAUUUUUUUAAAAAGAUUUCUAUUGGAUAAAGGGGGAAAAGAAAAAAAAAAAAAAGUUUGGAUCUCAUUUUUUUUUUUUUUUUAUUAAUAAAUAAUCAAAAUCAACAACACAAUCACUAUCAUCAUAAUAAUCAAAUCAAACACCAACAUCAUCAUCUUUAACAAUAACACAUUAAAAAAAAAAAGUUUGUGCUUUGAGUAUAAAAAUGGAAAAAAAUAAACUUCAAUAACAAUAACAGUAACAAAUUUAGAUAGAAAGGCGAUAUAACAACUUUUCAAACAAAAAUUAAAAAGGAUGUCAACACCAACAAGUCAGAGAAUGAAAGGAAAUGGAACUCACCAUAACAUCCAACUCCCAAGAACAAUGAUCGAAGAUCCGUUAUCACCCCCAACCCAAGAAAGCCAAUCAUAUAGUAACAAUAAUAGUUUCUAUGAAGAAAUUGUAGAUGAUGCAAUGGUUCAAAAUCAUCACAAUAAUCAUCACUCCUUCAACAAUCAUGGCCAUAACAAUAAUCAUUUAAAUAACUCAUUAAUAAACUAUUUAGAUGAGGAAGAAGCUAAUGAUUACUAUGAUGAUGCAGAAGACUAUGAAGAAAUGGGUGAUGGUAGUAGUGGUGGUGGUGUUUCAGAUUCCGACUAUGGCCAUGGAAAUUCAUCAAGCUCUAAAGCUGGAAGUAGAAAUAGAGAAAUUUGGAUAAAUCCAAAUAUCGAAUUAAUGUUGAGAAUUGCUCUAAGCACACCAAAAAACCCAUACUAUUACCACAACAUUGCUAAAAAAUUAGAAGAAUGUGUUGGACGCAAUAUCUCGGAAAAAUUGGUACGUUCUCAAAUGACUAAUCUUCUUGGUAAAAAUUCGAAAUUUUUUAAACAUCCAUAUAGAGAAAUUAAAUCGAAACCAGGAAUCCCAAAAUCACUCAUCAAUUCUCAUAAUAUAAGAGAAAAACAAAUUUGGGAAAGUUGUAAAAACUUAAUUACCGAAAUUAAAUCUAGUCCAAAUUAUUAUUCAAUUAGUAACUUUAGCCAAGGUCACUCAAAUCACAGUGGCUCAAGCAAUACUAAUAGCAACAACAACAAUUCGGGUCAACAAUCUGCAUCUUCUUCCUCCUCCUCUUCCCCAUCAUCACUUUCAUCGUCCCAUAGUUCUAAUAUUCAUUUUUCAAAUCAAGGACAUUCUUUAAAAUUAUCCAGUGGUGGUAGUCCAGCUAGUAGUUCUAAUAACUCAUCCUCAUCCACUCAUUCAUCUUCAUCAUCAAUAAUGAAUGGUUUAAGUGGUAGCGGCAGUGCUGGUAGUUCAAACUAUUCUUAUCCAUCACCCCCACUUUCAGAAAACCAUUUACAAUUAUCUUUACCAUCUUCAAAAUCAAAUAAUAAUAUGAAUAAUAGUUCAAACAGUGUAAAUAAUAAUAACAACUAUAAUAAUUUUAACUUAAAUCACCAUCAACAACAAUCAAAUAAUGAAAACAAUCUUAAAAAAUCUCAAACCAUUUCAAAUCCAAAAAAAAGAAAAGUUAGACCUUUUGAAAAUAGAAAAUUAGAACAAAUGCAUCUUAUCAGAGACAAAGUACUUGAAACUUUAAAUAAAAUCAAUGAUCUAAUCGACUCAAUGAAGAAUGAAUCUGAUUUUGAAGAUAGUGACUAUGACAUUUAAAUAAUAUCAAUGAUAUAACAUAAUAAUAAUAAUAAUUAUAUAUAAAAAAAAAAAUUCAUAUAAAAAAUACAAAGGAGAAUCAAUUAUAAUAUUAAAAUGUAUAUAUAAAACUAAUAUUAUAAAACUUAAUAAUAAUUUAGAAUAAAAACAAAAAAAAUAAGUAACACUAAAAAAGCAAAAAAAAAAAUUGUAAAAAAAAAAAAAAACAUAUUAAUUUAAAAAGAUAUAUAAUAAUAAUCUUUUCUUUUUUUAUUUUUUACAUUUUUAAAAAAACAAUAAAACUAAAUAUAAAUUUUAUAAUUUUUUAUCU